GCUUCACUGCCUCCAGUUCAUCCACUCAUAACACCGCCUGUGCGCCCUCGCUCUGACUGCACGGGAGUGGAUGCGCCAACAUAAUGGACAUCACAGUCUUCAAUCUUUUGAUCGCCAUCUUAUCAUCAUCACUUCUGACAAGGACCACCGCAGAAACUAGUAUCCUCUGCUCCUGGACUAAAGUUAUGCCUACCAAAGAGGCGCACUACAGUUUUAUCCGGACCGUGCAGAGCGACCCCCGGCAGGCCGCUCCAUCUCUGCGCCUGUACCACAGCCUCUGGUCGGAGGAGCGCGCUCUGCUCAGCUGCGCGUGGAGCGACGACGCGGCCGUGAUCCGGAGCUAUUUGUCUCUGUGCCAGGAGCGCACGGAUGAGUUUUCGGAUCAUCAAGAUGAAAAUUUUAAUACAAACUUCAUAUUUGCGCCAGAAGAGAUGUGCGUCUCCGUGACCUCUCCAGGGGUCACUGAGGGCGCAGAGCGCGCGGGGAGGAGGCCGGUGAGGAGCGUGGGUGCGCGCUCACCCUCCGAGAAUCCCGACGGUCAAGGUGAAAGGUCAGGGGUCGAGCGCCACCGCCGGGUAAAGCGUGGUUUUAUCGUACCCGGGACUCUCUGGUGCGGCUCUGGGAACAAGGCGCCUUCAUAUGCAGAUCUGGGUGUGUUUUCGGACACAGACAGCUGCUGCCGUGAGCAUGACCAGUGCAAGCACACCAUUCUCUCCUUUCAGUCCAACUUUGGUGUCUUCAACAGCAACAUCUUCACCAUGUCUCACUGCAGCUGUGAUAACAGGUUCCGCAGUUGUCUGAUGGAUGCGAAGGACAGCAUAUCGGAUGUGGUGGGAUACACCUUCUUUAACCUGCUGAAGAUGCACUGCUUUGAGUUCUCACACAGACUCCAGUGUGCAGAAAGAAACUGGUUUGGAAUGUGUAAGGAGACUAAGAUGGCUCUGUAUGCUGUGGUCCAUCCACCCACACUCUAUGAGACUGACGAAUCAACAGAGAUCAGUGGGAACGACACCACCAUCAUCAACGCUACCGUCACAACCCAAGCAGCCACAGAAGCCCCGGAGAACAGCACGUCGGACGUUCAGCUGUUUGCCGUCUCGGGGGCAGCGUCCACAGUUCCCACCGUUUCACCAGGCUCCAGCACUGCCCCCGUCACACCUACCGCUAACGCCGGCUCUGCUGGAAUGAACACAGUGGAGGGCGGGGUGGAAUCAGUGACAGAGAGCAGCAACUACCUGGAGAACGCCUUGGCCAGCAGAGAUCUUCACAGCUCUGCUCACACGCCCAAACCUAGCCCGUCAAAUGGCCUGCUGCUGUCAGAGCCCGACACUGCUGACACAGACAAGCGGCUUUCCUGUGAUAUCUAUCAGGAUCUGGACAAGUGCAAAUCCAAGAUCCCUCCCCAGCAGCGGAGGUAUGGCCUCCACAACCCAGAGCCCAGGACCCUCUACCACUGCAACUGCACCACCAGACUGUUUCAGAGUUUGGCUGAGCAGAGGGAGCUGACUGAAGUACAGGCUCUUCUAGUGGGACACGUGUCUCAGUCCUGCUUCUUGGCACAGGACUGCACAGCGGGGAAAAUCUGUUCAGCAGUUCUGGUCAAACCAGGCCUUCCCCAGCUGGAGGAGAGGAGAGACAUGGAGGAGCAACGCCAUCUACAGGCGAUAAAACUGCAGGUCAGGAGGCCAAACUCCAAGAGAGCUAAACGGAAAGAGCGGGCCAUCAAACUGCAAAAACUGUGUCUUAGGUUGACCAAGGCCAAACUGCACAGGAACAGGAAGGCCUACAGUCAUGGUGCAUAGGUCUGCUCUGAGAGAAAGGAAGCUCAUCUGAAUGUGCAAUAAUGAAUAUUAAACAGACCUAUGGCACUGUCCCAGUGAGGCAUGAAGCAGAGUGUAAAUUCAAGUAAACUCUUUUUACUCACAUUUAUAUUUGUGGAACAGACCAACAUACUUUUUUAGACUGGUGUUCAUCAGGUAGUGUACAGCAUAUUAAGUGUUACUGUAUCUAACUUAUGCAACUUAAAUGAUGAUAGGAUCUGAAACUGUAAAAAAAAAAAAAAAAAAAAAAAAAAAAAAA